AUGUUACAAACAACUUCAAACCAACACUCCACUAGUGGUUCAAGUGCACUUGAAGAUGAUGAAACUUAUCUAUAUCGUCGAGAUACAUCUUUAACUUCGUUUAAUAUUAUUAAUUAUCUUUUUCGUUCAUCAUCAACAACAGAUAAUAAUUCUAAUAAUGCUUAUUAUUCUCGUCUAGUGGAAUUAAAUAUUCCUGAUCCAUUACCAUUAGAUGUUGCUGUUAUUGAUGCAUCAAUACUUCUUUAUGGUACAAUAUUUAUUCGUGUACCAAAUAAACAUCGUUUAAAUAUGUUACAACAUUCUAUUGAUAUAAUUAAACAAUCAAAAGAAUGGAUGGAAANGCUGUAUUCAGUCCCAAGUCCUAUUGGUUUGGCAAUACCCAAUAGAAAUCAACAGUUUAGAGGGUAG